GCGGAAACAUAUUUGCUGGGUUUUCCGAACAAACGUUCUGCAGUAUUAAUGGAGGAUGUAGCAAAAGAAGUGAAUACAGCAGGAGCCACUUCCGUUCAAGUUCUUCGUGAAAUUGGCGUCAUUAUCGUUGAAGCAAGUGAACAGUUUUUACAAACACUUGAGGACAUCCGUAAAGAGGAAUCUUCUAUGAUUUCAGAAGACAACGAACCUCUAUUUACCAUCGAAAUCGAUAAACCUGUCUCUAUUUACGGCGACAAGAAAUCCUCAGUUGAAUUUACUUCUCCCGUUUCUGCUUCUGCAUCUGCAUCUUUUAUCGGUACUCCUUAG